AUGCAACUUAAUGUGUUGAAAAACCGCAAGUUUGGUUUUGUUGUAGAUAUUACAGAAUACAAUGUCAACAACUAUAAUAACAUCUACAUAAUUCUUAGAGUUACAGAAGAUAUGUCCAUUGUUUCUGAAUUGGAAAGUAAAAUAGAACUUAUGAGUAUUCAAUCUUUCUCCUUAAAUCAAGUUGCUUUGGAAUCAGAUGAUGUUGUACAACCUGAUCAAAAGGAUGUGAUCUCACAAACAGAUGAAAGUUUUACACCCUCUACAGUUGAUAAGUCAACCGCAACAAGUCCAAGCAAAAUAUCACGUGAUUUGAAGCGCAACCUCCAAGAAAUUUAUGAUGUUGAUUCUGGAGAUGUUUUAAGUUCAACUAAGGCUAAAAGAAAGUCAACCGGAGAGGAAACUCCACUCUUAAUUCCAAAAAUGGAAAAGUGA